AUGGGGGCGUCGAAGCAAGAAAAUAGGACGGCAGGAUUUGGCUUAGAAAACGGUGGAAGUCCUCCAAAAUUUGUCAUAAUUGAUGAUGGUUGGCAAUCAGUCAGUAUGGAUUCCACUGGUGUUACUAAUGAAGCUGACAAUGCUACAAACCGAGCAAGGAAAUAUUUGGAUUACGGCGUUAAAUUGCCAACAAGAGAGGUUAUUUUUCUUCCAAAGGAUGCAGUUUUGCCUAUUACACUGAAAUCUCGAGAACAUGAAGUCUUCACGGUGGUACCGGUUAAGGAAUUAUCUAAUGGAACUUCUUUUGCUCCGAUUGGACUGAUCAAGAUGUUCAACUCUGGUGGAGCAAUCAAGGAGGUGAAAUAUCAAUCUAAGAAAGCUGCAACAAUAGAUGUUAAGGUUCGUGGCGUUGGUACAUUUGGUGCACAUUCAUCAGCUAGACCGAAGAGAAUUAGAGUUGAAGAGGAGGAUGUUGAGUUUGGAUACGAGGAUGGGUGUGGUAUGGUUACGUUUGAUCUGGGCAUUCCACAGGGGAGCUUACACCAGCGGAAUAUAAGCAUUGAAGUAUGA